UUUCUGACAUGCCUCCAUUUUGUCUUCCUGAGCCGGUGCUGGAGAUUGUUCCGCCUCCUUUCCCUGUCUGUUUAUCAGUCUAAAUUUGUAGCAUACCACUGUCCUUUUGGCUGUUGACCAUCUCUGUGGAUAAAGAGGAGUAAUAUCUCAGUGAGGAAGGUCCAGUUUGUCUGCAGUAUUAUUAAUAACCGGAGAGUUUGAGAGGAUGUCAGUGCCGGAGUACUCGUCCUUCUUCGCCGUGAUGGGCGCCUCAGCAGCCAUGGUCUUCAGCGCCCUAGGUGCAGCAUACGGCACGGCAAAAAGUGGUACUGGGAUCGCAGCGAUGUCCGUGAUGCGUCCUGAGCUGAUCAUGAAGUCCAUCAUCCCCGUGGUCAUGGCAGGAAUCAUUGCCAUCUAUGGCCUGGUGGUGGCUGUGCUCAUUGCCAACAACAUUUCUGAAAAUGUGCCUCUGUUCAGGAGUUUCCUGUACCUGGGGGCGGGGCUGAGCGUAGGCCUGAGUGGAUUGGCUGCCGGUUUUGCCAUCGGUAUCGUGGGUGACGCGGGGGUGCGGGGGACGGCGCAGCAGCCACGCCUCUUCGUGGGCAUGAUCCUCAUCCUCAUCUUUGCCGAGGUGCUCGGGCUGUAUGGCCUCAUCGUCGCCCUCAUCCUCUCCACCAAGUAGAUCUCCCAGCAUGCACUGCGGCCGACCGGGAGGCCGAGAGCUGAGGAGAGAGAGGAGAGGUCGGGCAGACCUGCUUCAGCUCACUAACCUGUAGGAGCAAUGGGCUGUGUUUCAAUAACGUUUACACCACUGUCUCUCUCUCUCUGUCUGUCUGUCUCUCUCCAUCUCUAUAUCUCCCUGUCUCCAGCUGUCUCUCUCUCUCUAUCUGUCUCUCUAUCUCCAGCUGUCUCUCUAUCUGUCUCUUUCUCUGUGCUACUUUGGGAGUUAUUUUUAUUUCUCACACUCCUGUUUGUAAAGACUGUGUGUGUGUGUGUGUGUGUGAACAGUGUUUAUUUUUAUCCGGUGGUUUUAUUUAUAUAUACACAGUGAAAGUGAUAGAAACGUUACACCUAUAAAUAUUCAGAUUAAACUAUACAGGUGUGUGUGUUCUCCUGUAUGUGAUGAUGGAUUGUAUUAAAGAUGUGUGUCUGCCUUCCUCAGGCUCUCACAAGUUACAUUUACACCUUUA